GGGCCCGUGUUGCUUUUGGCGGGACAGGAACCAGUUUGUCUGAGAAGCAUUCGAAAUGCUGCGUCGGAAACCAACCCGCCUGGAGUUGAAACUAGAUGAUAUAGAAGAGUUUGAGAGCAUUAGAAAGGAUCUUGAGAGUUGUAAGAAGCAGCGUGAAGAUGUGGAUGUAGUGGGAGCCACUGAUGGAGAAGGAGCUAUUGGUCUGAGCAAUGACCACAAGAGUCGAGAACAAAUGAUAAAUGACCGAAUUGGUUAUAAACCUCAGCCCAAACCCAACAACCGUUCCUCUCAGUUUGGAAGUUUUGAAUUCUAGAGAUUUGAUGGCCUGCCACCUUCCACAGGCAAUUGAGUAUUGGACCAUGAUGGGGUGUUCAUCCCAGACAGUGCUGGCAGAGAUGUUCAAAGGCUGUUCGGGUAGGUCUGGGACUGGCCUGUGUUUGCCAAUGAGUCUUGGGCUUCAAUAGAAGAAAGUGUUUGCCUUUUCCCAAGGCUGGUAGGAUGUGUUUUUAACCUGACUUGUUACGGUACCUCCAGAAACCCCUCUGCCCAGCAACUUUGUUUUAAAUAAAUAUUUUUUUUUUAAAUGA